AUGACCGACCUCAUUUAUGGUCAAGCUCCUAUUGCUCCGCACGGAGGUCGAUGGGAAUGGUGUCCGCCGUCUAUCUUUGACCUCGGACUGGCUUAUGGUGGCUCAGACCCGUCGGAUGAUAAUUGCCAGGUAUCGCGUCUGGGCACUCUCAGCGGGAGUUUUAUGGUGUUUGAGUUGCAUGAAGACGACCAAGUUCUUCCGCAUGAUUCACAUCCUGCUCAUAGGGCUCGUAUUACAUCAGCACUACCAGAUAGGAAGCAUCAUUUCAUACUCACCACACAGUUCCUGAUGAGGAAUUCGCAUUUUAUCCUCUUCCAAGCUAACAUUUUACGCGUCAAAGCGAUCAGUGGCAACUGGAUAGGAUGCUGUGUCUUGCAGCGACCGCCUGUGGCACAGCACGCCCUCUUCCCUGAGAGACAGUUAUGCUCAUUCGGACGUCUUUUGGGCUCUGCCGGAAAUAUGCGACCUGCUCUCGAUGUUCGUCGGCUAUCGGGGGCACAUAAGACAGCCCAACGCACUUCAGGAUUUCGUCCAUGGCUUGCAGAGUUUUUCGAACCGGAUGCAAUAGUCGACAACGUCUCGUAUUUCCCUCAGCCAAUAUGGAUAUUUGACCCAUCGGUCAAAUCCGUAGAUCACGAAAGAGACGGAAAUAUAUACUACAUCGAAGAAGCAGACGCUCUGGUCACUGGAGUUGCAGUAAUCGAGCGCAACGUGAAGGAAAACCAGAUCGAACAUGCCUUUGCUUCGAUCCUGCCUCCAUUGGUCAGGACGAGGCCUUUGUACCUGCUCAGAUGCUGUCAUGACGCUUCGUGGCUUCAUUGCAUCCAACUUUUGCCUUGCGAUGCAGAUAUGUACGGUUAUGCAGGGUUCAUUGACGUGGGUGGGUUCCGUCCGCUAUAA